AUGGCUGCUCGAUGCUCCUCGUCGCUGCGGCUGCUGGCCCAGCAGCGACCAUGUCGGACCGCUGCCGCUAUCCCCCGAGCCGUCUAUGUUGGUGCCUGGUCCACGUCACGACUCUACUCGACGACCGACGACGCGUCUGCUCCCUUCCUAUCGACGCUCAAGGCCGACCUGAAGACGGCGAUGCGCGCCAAGGACGCCCCCCGCCUGGCCGUCCUGCGCGCCAUCAUGUCGGCCAAUCUCAACGCUUCCAAGACGAAGCAGCCCAUCCGCACAGACGCCCAGCUGGUCCAAGCCAUUGCCAAGAUGCGCCGCACCGCUGAGGAGUCGGCCGUCGAGGCCAAGCAGGCCAACCGUGAAGACCUGGUAGCCAAGGCCAACGAGGAGGCCCGCCUGCUAGCCGAGUACGAGAAAUCGAGCGGCGUCGAGACGGUCACGACCGAGGCGCUGGGGCCGCUCGUCCAGGGAGCCAUCGACGCCCUCGUAAAGGAGGACCCCGCCGCCUUCCAAAAGAAGUCGGUUGUCGCCGACGUUAUGAAGCGUGUCCGCCAGGCCUGCGAGGGCAAGAUUGUCGACAACAAGGAGCUGUCCCAUCUGGUCAAGACCACGGUCCAGGAGAAGGCCAGUUAG